GUGGGGCCAAGGACGGACAUCUUGCGCGCUUUCAAGCACGGGCCCCGCGACUCCGUCGUGGUCAUUCCCAACUCCAUGGACGACGUCCUGCUCAGGCGGAUUGCACGCGAACUCACUGAAGAGGUUUGCCGAGCUCCAAUGGCCAUCUUGUGUCACGAAUGUCAGCGGUCAUCGGUUCGGCAUGCCUCAGACACCGUCGAGGACUUUCAAGCGCCGCUAACAGUUCGGCACUGGGCCGUGUAUCCAGGACAGUUUGCCGACGUUCCUCGGGUAGUGAACGUGACAUUCGAGUCAUUCCACCUGCUGAUUAAAGUCUGCCUCGACCGCUUUGAUUCGAACGGCACCAAAGUGGCAACGUACAGCGAGCUGUGCCAGGAGACGGGAAGCAAAGUGAAAGCCAUUCGAUACAGCGUGAAGAAAGUAUGUGCUAGCGAGGAAUCUUCAAGCUGUCACUCACUCCAGUUUUCCGUUACGGCGCUACCAAGAAAAGCAGGCGAUCCGUUCUUGGAAUGCACGGACCCUGGUUGCCAGCUUCCUGACCAAACAAAAAUUCUCAUCACUUACGCCAUCGAUUUCGACUCUGGCCAGGACAAAUUCUUUUCCGGAAUAGAAGAACGCGUCAACGUUCCUUUGCCUGCUCCUGACACACCGCAGUCGUUGCAGAGAGGGCUCAGUGUGAAGUGCUCGAAGUACACUCAGUUGAACGGCACUGCUCGUUCAGAAACGGGCCACUACUUAGCGCUGAGCCUGGGCUUCUUUGUCGAGAUUGUCAGGAAGAUUGAGGCGGCGUAUCCAGAAAGGAACCUUUUCGACAUCGCCGCCCUACUGCUCAACUGGUUCACAGUGAGUGACUACGACUUCACCGACGGCAACAAGAUUGGCCGGGACCUGAGCGAGCAGAUGACCUUGGAGUCUUGGCUGAGCCCGUGGCCUCGGGGCUUGGAAGAGCAACCGAUGACGUUCAACAAGAGCAUUCUCACUGAGCGGGAGAUGUGUGCGCUGUUCCUCAUGCUCCACCACUCGUUCCACGAGAACAGAAACAACGACAGCGUCUACACCAUCGAGAAAGGUGUGGCGCAAGUCAGCUGGGAAUCACCGAAGAUCGCAGUGGCUGUGGGCAAAGUUCUGCAGGGCAUCGUGGUCGGCAUGAUCCAAAGGUCGGGGAACCUUACUGACAUUUGGCAAGCGGACGAGCCAGCGAAAGACCCGCGAGUUCCACCUGUAGAUCCUUUGUUGUCCGCUACCAUCGGUGUGGUUCUGGCCGUGUCUUCGGUGGAGAGCUUGCUGCAACGCUACGGUGGAAGCGUCAUCGGCCACGAAGGAGUCUGGCUUGGAGAGUCGUGUCCGGGCGCCUACAGAACGGGAGGGAAGCGACACUGGUGUUCGUACAGCGUGCUACGAGGUGCAAUUGACGGCAGCGACAUUGAGAACGGCCUCUACACUGCGCAGUCACACUAA